CUAUCGAAUCUUAAACUGGGCUUUGUUUUUCCGAUGUCGUGACAAAUAAGGACUUAGCACUCUCUCACAGAUUCCAUCAUCGAAACGAAGGAGGAACCCAAGCGACGCCCAUGGCGAGCGGCGAGAAUUGCAGCAAUACCAGUCAACGGCAAGACACACGAUACACUUCCAUCUUCAGCCUCCCUGCAGAUUUCUUCAACUCCUGCCGCCUCCUCCCUCCUCACUUUCCCUUAUCGUCUUCUUCAUUCUCUGAGCCACGCGACAGUUCUGCGACCUCUACCAUCGAAACCCAGGGAGAGGAUUCCUACAAAGACCCCGAUUCCGAGAACGCGGCGUUGUCCAGAUGGUCCUGCAACACUUGUAAGGUUGAGUUUGAGUCGCUCAACGACCAGCGCUCGCAUUUCAAAUCCGACUUUCAUCGAUUCAAUGUAAAGCUAAGCAUUGCUGGAAAGAAUAUUGUGAAGGAGGAAGAUUUUGAUGACUCAAACUCUGAUUCUUUAUUCAAAGACUAUGAUAUAUCAAGUAUAUCAGGAUCAGAAGACGAAGCUGAAAAACGUUCCUGCAAUGUUGGGUAUCGGAGACCUGGAGAAAACAUUAAACAUAAGUUAUUUAUCCAUCUUCGAACAGGGGAGAAAGUUUCAAUUUGGAAGUGUUUGUUUUUGGACGAGUCUGAAAGUAUUCAAUAUAAUGUUGGUAAAUCAUUUUUCAAGGAUGGUGAUGGGUGCUCGUCAGGCUUGAGAGAAAGUGAAGUGAUUGAGAAAUUGAAAAAUUUUACUCAUGAGCCUCGGGAUAAUACCAAUUUGAGGAUUGUGUUGCUUGCAAGUGGUGGGCACUUUGCUGGCUGUGUCUUUGAUGGUAACACCGUUGUGGCUCAUAAAACAUUCCACAGAUACGUUGUAAGGGCCAAGGCUGGUAAAAGACAGUCAUCAAAAGAUGCAAGUGGAAAGGCUGCAAAUUCUGCUGGAGCUUCACUUCGUCGCUACAAUGAACUUGCUCUAAAAAAGGAAAUUCAAGAAAUACUUGCUGCGUGGAAGCCUUAUUUUGAUUCUUCCUGUUGUGUUUUUAUUUAUGCUCCUUCAAGCAAUCGUCAAUUGCUUUUUAAUGGGGAGAAGCCAUAUUUUAGUUCUCAGCAUUCUGUCAUUCGACGUAUUCCUUUGACUGUUCGGAGGCCGACCUUGAAGGAAGCCCGGCGUAUAUAUAAUCAACUAAUACAAGUUACUUCUGAAGUAGAUGAGGCGGAAUUUCAAGAAAGCAUGAAAGAGGAUUCACCAUUAAAUGCGAGUACCAUGUGCAAUUGCAAUUCAGAGACCAGCAAUUUGAACUCAUUGGACAAUGUGGAGAGUAAUGAAACUAUGGAAGCUUGUUCAAGUUACAAAAAAUCUGAUGAAAGGCCCACAUCAAGCGAGAGCGAGAGUGAAGUUAUUAAUAAAUCAACACCUUUACAUGAAGCAGCGAAAUCCGGCAAUGCUCAAAAGGUUUUGGAACUCCUAGAACAAGGUUUCGAUCCUUCCAUUAAAGAUGAAAGGGGGCGUACUCCAUACAUGUUGGCAGCUGAGAGGGAAGUCAGGAAUAGUUUCAGACGUUUCAUGGCCAAAAACCUUGAUAAGUGGGAUUGGCAUGCUGCUAAAGUGCCUAGUGCAUUAACAAAAGAAAUGGAGGAUUCUCAAGCUGCUAAGCAGGCAGAGAAAGAUGCCAAGAAGAAAGCAAGAUCAAAGGAGUUGAAGAAACUCCGUAAAGCAAGAGAGAAGAAGGCUCAGGCUGCCCUUUCUGAGAAAUCUGGAACAGCUCUUGAGAAUAGAGGAGCCACUUCACUUUCAGUUACCAAGGGAAAGUAUCAACCUAGUGAAGGGAUCUCUAACGAGGAGGAACUUAAGAAGAAACAAGCUGAAGAAAGGGAGAAGAGAGCAGCUGCUGCUGAGAGGAGAAUGGUAGCUGCGAAUGCUGGAGGGACUCACACAAACAUUGCUCCAACCAGUUCACAACCCAGAAGUGGAAUAGGAACAGACGUUUACUGCUCAUGUUGUAAUGCAUCAUUGGCGGGUAAAAUCCCCUUUCACAGGUAUAAUUAUAAGUACUGCAGCACAACCUGCAUGCAUGUGCACAGGGAGUUCCUUGAAGAUGGAUAAAUUUGUGAUUGUUGAUACAAUUUAUUCGCUAAAUAUUAUUACUUGUUCAUGGGUUUUGAUUUAUGAGUAUGUAAAUUUUUU